AUGGAAAGCAGCGAGCUUAGCUAUGAGGAAAUCACACAGGCCGCACUGCGUGCUGCACGGCGUGAGGUGCGCCGUCAGUUGAUCCGACGCACACGUAGCCACAAUUGGAAAUAUUUCUCAGCUGAGCUGACAGCAGCAACGCCGCCCGAAUGGGAGAAUCCAUGCGGCGGCACCUAUUUGCCCACCGAGGGACAAUCGAUGGACGAUAGCUCAGCCCAAGGACGCGUAAUCAAACGCAAGUAUCUCAGACAGCUGCGUGAUAUUAUUUAUACGGAAUAUCAGGAGACCACAUCGAUUGCCAAACGGGACUAUGGCGACUUUGGGCACUGGCAACGCGAGUACACGUUCCUGCCAAACAUGACGCUGCACUCGAGUCGAAUCAAACUGAAGACCUGGUAUCGUCAUAUGCAAACCUUUGUGGGCAGCUUUGCCUAUUUGGGGCGCGCCCAUUACACUUAUCGCAAGCAGCAGCAGCUGAGCCUGGGCGAGACCGCCCAUGAGCUGCACACGCUGCUGGACAGCGCCAAGCGUUUGCUUUGUGAAAUCGAAACGGCCAUCAAUUCCAGCUAUCCGAAUAGCAAUGGCGCCAAACUGAGUCAUGUCAGUCGCGAGGAGAUGCUGGAGCGCCUGAAGUUUCGCACGCCCGCCGAUGGCAGCAAGGAGACGGAUGAGAGCGAUUUGAAGUUCAGCAAGCAGCUUUACUUUCAAUAUGUUUACAAUAUGUGGCGCAAGCUUAGCAUAACGCUGCGCAAUCAGCAUCGCAGCAGCAAGGAGCGCAAGCAGCAUGCCAGCCACGCCUCCACUAGCUCCAAAGUGGGCGCUGGCAGCGCCAGUUCGGGCAGUUCAAUGCAGGCGUUAAGUCAGGAAAGUCGUGAACUCUUUGCGCGUCGCUGCGUUGAUUGUUAA